GGACGAGUUGCAUCGUUCGGCUCAGGCUCCCAUCCAGAUUCGGUUCAGAAGGGGAGAGAAUGCCACGUCGUCGAAAGGAGUCCGGAGUCCACGACCUUCACGGCCAGAAAGGGCACAAACCGGCAGCAAGAAACGCGGCAAACGCCCGCGAAAGGGCCCGAAUGAGGGUGCUGAGCAAGGCGUUCUCGAGGCUCAAGACGACCUUACCCUGGGUCCCAGCGGACACCAAGCUCAGCAAAUUGGACACCCUCCGGCUGGCCACGAGUUACAUCGCCCACUUGGGUGCUCUUCUGGGCGAAGAAGACCUGAGCAAUCCGGGGGAUCCAAGCGGGAUUUCCAAUUCUUCUCCGACCCCUGUUCAUCCCCUCGCCCUGACUUGGCCGUUCCUGAUCCAGAGACCCUGCUCUGCCCAGGAACUGUCACCAGUGGACUACGGUCUCGCUGGAUGCAACGGUAAUCCUCAUCAGGGAGAUUACGAACAGUACCAGUCGUCGAACGGAGACGGAGACAUGGAUUGUUUGUCCUGGCAUUGUCCAGCCAAUUCGGGCCAUUUGCUGCAUUCCGCCAAUUCUUCCCCCCGGAUACAGGAAUCAUCGUGUGGGGAAUUCACAUCAAGAGCCUGACCGAUGAAGAUAAAAAGGACUUCCAAGAAAAAUAAAAGACUUUCCUCCUCCGAGUAUACACCAAGACAAAG